ACGAUUCCAUAUUAAGAAGCCAGAGGCAGCAGACGCAGAAAGAAUAACAAAAGUGAAAAAUAUAUAUUUUUGUCUUUAUAUAAACGUUAAAUGGAUACUGAUGAGGUAAAGCGCGGUCGUGGACGUGGUCGAGGCUCACGGGCACGUGGUCGUGGACGCGGUCGUGGCCGGGGCCGUGGAAAGAAAAUUGAUGACACUAGCAGUACAAUGGAAACAUAUGAAAGUGGCGUUGGCGUUGCUCUCGUCGUGGCAUCCAGCAAUGGAGGAGCACUGGACGAUAGUCUAACGAGCCUGGAGUGUGCAGCGGAUGUUGUAAUGCAAGAAGUCGACAAGGAGAAUGAGAUUGAGACGCCAACAACAGUAGCCGAGGAACAAGCGACACCCAUGGAAAAUAUGACGCCGCCGCAAACGCUACCACCGCCUCAGCAGGUAGCACCGCCGCCGUCAGUGUUGGCUCAAACAAUUGAUAUGGAAGCAGACAUCUCACAGUUGGAGGCGCCAACGUUCACCACAUUAUCGCGGGGUCCGCCCGAGCCAAUGUUGCGCCUGAAGUGGAACCACAAAGUCAGCCUCAUUGGUGAGAAGGUGCUGAAUCCCAUGAUUCACUGUUGCGACCAGUGUGACAAGCCUAUACUCGUCUAUGGCCGCAUGAUACCCUGCAAGCAUGUAUUCUGCCUCAAAUGCGCCCGCGCCGAGCCAAUCAAGACAUGUCCACGCUGUAGCGAUAAAGUGUUGCGCGUCGAGCAGUCUGGCUUGGGCACAGUCUUCAUGUGCACACAUGGAGGCAGUCGCUACGGAAGUACCGGGUGUCGUCGCACCUAUUUAUCACAACGCGAUCUGCAGGCGCAUAUCAAUCACAGGCAUGUGGCGCCACCGCCGUUGACAACAGCCUCGGGUGUCGAAUCGAAGGUGACGGAGAUGAGCGGCCUGGAGUUGCAUAAGCAGCGCAAGCUCUCCGAGUCCUCAGCCGCCUCCUCUGUUGCAGCUGCCCUUCUGCAGCAACGCUCUACGGCACGCGGUUCGGUCAGUGGCAUUGGCUCUAUACCUCCACCGGGAUCUGCCGAUCGAACCAACAACCACACGCAUUCAUCACUUACACAGGCAAAUCUGGCACGCAUUAACAAUGCGAAUGCCCAGGAGUGUCAUCAGGGCAAGGCAUCGUUGCACCAGACCCUAAAGAAGGGCACACACAAGUCGGAGUCGGUGGCAGAUGCCUCGUACUAUAGCAGCGUGUUAGCCUCUUUUGGCGGAAAUCCAGGUACAGCAACAGCCGGCCCGCCGACCGGCUCGAGUGGUACAGCUGGCGGUGCUGGUGCGAGUGGUAUCGGAUCAGCGGCCGGAGCAGGUAGUAAUCCUAAUGCAGGUAAUGCCGCUCAGUUGACAGGCGGCUAUGAGACAAGCAAUGCGGCAAGCGGCGGAAGCAGCAACUGGCAGUCAUCGCAAUAUUAUAGAUAAAAAUGGAAGAAGAAACAACCUAAACUUUUUACGCAUGGUUUACGUAAUUUUAUUUUGUACAAAUAAAAAAAUUGUAUAAAAUGAAUCUUAUGUAUGCAAAUAUAUCGUUAUUCGAAUAUCAAUUUAAAAUGCGCGAAACUGCCGAUACCGAUAAGAUCGAUAUCAUUGUGAACGACUGAAAAAUGGUUACCCUAAAUACAACAACUUU